CUGAACCGUGUUCAUGCAUGAUCAUCAGAAUGUAUUUUGCUCUUCACCAACUUGAAUUGGAACUAUUUAGCGCUGAUGGAGGGACUUACUUUUGAGUAGUCAGGGACCACGCUGAUGGAGGGACUUAUUUUGACCACAGCACAGUGCAAUAUCUGGAUCUGGAAAACUAUAUCUGUGGUGAUGGGAGACCUCCUGUGCGAGGCGAUGGGAUCUGCGGCGCAGGUCGUGGUGGUAGAGGAUUGCGUGGAGACACCGAGGACCUUCGUCCUCCACCUCCUCCUCAAGCGCGCGCUCGCCGGCUGCGGCUCCGCUGCCUUCCUCGCCCUCGCGCAGCCCUUCUCCCAUUACGACCGCGUCCUGCGCAAGAUGGUGAGGAAGUAGCAGACUUUUGCUGCUUCUGUGCUAAGGUGGUUCCCAACAAGGAAAACCAAGACUGAAGUGCGGGAGGACUCGGUCCUCCAUCUAGAAUCUUUUGUUUAUUGUCUUUCGGGAGAAGUUGGUGUCUCCCUGGUUUGUAUAAUUAUUACUUUUAGGCACUCACUUUUAGUCUGGUCUGUAAUAAAAAUAACUCAAGCUUGCUUUCAAAAUAAAAUGUAAGUUUAU